AUGACGAUAGUGACCUACAGAUCCAUACCCUUCGCUUCCGUCUCUCAAUCCCUCACCUCACAAACUCCAAUUACGAACCAAUCCGAAACCGCCAGAAGCGACCAAUUAGAUUUCGACACGUCACCUGAAGACAGAAGACCAGAGUGGCUGGUGAAGUUCUGGCGAGAAGCAGGGUCGGUGCUGGUGGCGUUAGGGUGGGGAGGAGGGGGAGCAGCAGGUGGAUCCGCGCCGUCCGCCGUGGAUCCCAGGCGGUUGGGAUCGUACCUGAAGGCUCUUCGAAGCCAGACACGCGUGCUGCUGAAACAGCUGCCGUUAUGGGAACGAGCAGGAAUCGGAGCCGUGGCGGGAGGGCUGGCCGGCGGGUUCACGAACGCGACGCUGCAUCCGCUGGACACGGUGAAGACGAAGCUGCAGACCAAGGGCUCCUCGCUCGUCUACUCGGGCCCGAUAGACGUCAUUCGCAAGGUGUCAGCCGCGCAGGGCAUAGGGGGGUUCUACCGCGGGCUGCCAGCGGCCUUCCUGGGGUCGGUGCUCUCCUCCUCCAUCUACUUCGGCACCUACGAGCUCGCCAAGGGGGGGCUUUCAAAGGACAUCGCGCUCCCCCUGCCCUUCUCCGGAUUCAGACGAGCACCGUCCAGCAGCAGCGGAGGGAGAAGCGGGGCCAGUGAGCAAGAUAGAAGCGGAGGGGGUAGUGGGAGUGGUGGUGGGGGUAGCUCUGCGUCAUCAUCAUCGUCAUCAGGGGUGGUGGUGCUGUCGUGCCCAGUGGCGCUGGUGCCUCCUGUGGCGGCAGCUCUGGGGAACAUCACGAGCUCGGCCAUUCUCGUGCCCAAGGAAGUCAUCAAGCAGCGCAUGCAGGCAGGAGCAGCGGGGUCGGUGUGGCAGGUGCUACAGCAGACAGUGGCGGGGGAGGGAGUGGCAGGGCUGUACAGCGGAUACACCGCUGCCCUCCUGCGCAACCUGCCCACCAACGUCCUCAACUUCUCCACCUUCGAGUAUCUCAAAAUGGCUAUACUCCAUGUGAAACACUCGACCACCUUGCGACCACAUGAGAGCAUGGCAGCGGGAGCAGUGGCAGGCGCACUGUCAGCGGCCCUCACCACGCCUCUGGAUGUGGUUAAAACGCGCCUCAUGACCCAGGCGCGCGUAGCCGUGGCAGCAGCAGGCACUACAGGAGCAAAGGCAGAGGCAGCAGCUAAGGCGCAGGCGGCAGCUGCAUACACGUACAAAGGAGUGGCGUCGACACUCAGGCGUGUAUGCGAGGAGGAAGGUGUGCUUGGCCUGACGCGGGGCAUGACGCCACGCAUCCUCUACAAUGCAGCGUUUUCAGCCAUUGGGUUCUUGGCCUUUGAAACUGCUCGAUCGGUCCUGCUGCAAGCGCAUAUCGAGCGGAAAGCAAGGAAGCAGCUACAAGGGCAGGUAAAGGGUUUGUUGAGUGAUGAGCAAGUUGUGAAAGCCUGA